AUGGGGGGCAUGAUGGGGGGCAUGAUGGGGAGCAUGAUGGAGGGCAUGAUGGUGGGCAUGAUGGGGAGCAUGAUGGAGGGCAUGAUGGGGGGCAUGAUGGGGAGCAUGAUGGAGGGCAUGAUGGGGGGCAUGAUGGGGAGCAUGAUGGAGGGCAUGAUGGUGGGCAUGAUGGGGAGCAUGAUGGAGGGCAUGAUGGGGGGCAUGAUGGGGAGCAUGAUGGAGGGCAUGAUGGUGGGCAUGAUGGGGAGCAUGAUGGAGGGCAUGAUGGGGGGCAUGAUGGGGAGCAUGAUGGGGGGCAUGAUGGGGGGCAUGAUGGGGGGCAUGAUGGAGGGCAUGAUGGGGGGCAUGAUGGGGGGCAUGAUGGGGAGCAUGAUGGAGGGCAUGAUGGGGAGCAUGAUGGAGGGCAUGAUGGGGGGCAUGAUGGAGGGCAUGAUGGGGAGCAUGAUGGAGGGCAUGAUGGGGAGCAUGAUGGAGGGCAUGAUGGGGAGCAUGAUGGAGGGCAUGAUGGGGAGCAUGAUGGAGGGCAUGAUGGGGAGCAUGAUGGAGGGCAUGAUGGGGGGCAUGAUGGAGGGCAUGAUGGGGAGCAUGAUGGGGGGCAUGAUGGGGGGCAUGAUGGGGUGCAUGAUGGGGAGCAUGAUGGGGGGCAUGAUGGGGUGCAUGAUGGAGGGCAUGAUGGAGGGCAUGAUGGGGAGCAUGAUGGGGGGCAUGAUGGAGGGCAUAAUGGGGGGCAUGAUGGGGUGGAUGAUGGAGGGCAUGAUGGAGGGCAUGAUGGGGAGCAUGAUGGGGGGCAUGAUGGGGGCCUGA